CGUACACGUUUUGGGGAUACUAUUUGACUGGAUCUUUUUCUCUUUUUACCUAAAACGUUACAGCAAAUCAUCAGCUGUUGCUCGAGUGUGGAGACGCCUGCAAACAAGACAAGGUUAUUAUACAAUUUUUCAGAAAGACAUAUGCAUAAAGACAUUAUUUCUCCCAACGGCGUUGUGCAGUUGACAGCCUCUUUGCAGGAGCAAAGAGCGUCUACUGUUACUUUUUCCCCACUUUUGGACAUUUGAAAGAGUUUGGCCGUACUUUCAUAUUUCGUGCGUAAUUGUUAGACAACAUUUUUCGUAUGAAUCUACUCGACCCCUUCCUGAAAAUGACAGACGAACAAGACAAAUGUCUCUCAGACGCACCGAGUCCGAGCAUGUCAGAGGACUCUGUGGGAUCUCCGUGCCCGUCCGGGUCUGGCUCCGACACCGAGAACACCAGACCGUCAGAGAACGGACUGCUGAUGGGUCCGGACGGUCCCCUCGUCGAGUUCAAGAAGGACGACGAUGAUAAAUUCCCCGUAUGCAUCCGCGACGCGGUGUCCCAGGUCCUGAAAGGCUACGACUGGACCCUGGUGCCAAUGCCAGUCCGAAUGAACGGAUCUAGUAAGAACAAGCCCCACGUCAAGAGACCGAUGAACGCGUUUAUGGUUUGGGCGCAAGCCGCCCGGAGAAAGCUGGCUGAUCAGUACCCGCAUCUCCAUAACGCUGAGCUGAGCAAAACUCUGGGGAAACUGUGGAGGCUACUCAAUGAGGGUGAGAAGCGUCCGUUCGUGGAGGAGGCAGAGCGAUUGAGGGUACAGCACAAGAAAGACCACCCCGACUACAAGUACCAGCCCCGGCGGAGGAAGUCCAUGAAGAACGGACAAAGCGAGUCUGAUGACGGCAGCGAGCAGACGCACAUAUCGCCAGGCGCGAUCUUCAAGGUGCUCCAGCAAGCUGACUCUCCAGCCUCUAGCAUGGGAGAGAUGCACUCCCCCGGAGAACACUCCGGCCAGUCCCAAGGGCCCCCCACCCCUCCUACCACCCCUCCUACCAAGACGGACAUCCAGGUGGGCAAGGUGGACCUGAAGCGGGAGGGUCGCCCCUUACAUGAAGGCACGGGUCGCCAGCUCAACAUCGACUUCCGGGACGUGGACAUCGGCGAGCUGAGUAGCGACGUCAUCUCCCACAUCGAGACCUUCGAUGUCAACGAGUUUGAUCAGUACCUGCCUCCCAACGGUCACCCAGGUGCUCCUGGCGCUGCCACUGGCCAAGUCUCCUACACCGGUACCUACGGCAUCAGCAGCUCUGUGGUCGGCCAGGCAGCAGGGGGUGCCACAGGGCACAGCUGGAUGACCAAGAGCCAGCAGCAGCAGCACUCCCUGACCACGCUGGGUAGUGGAGGGGAGCAGGGCCAGAACCAGAGGACCCCCACACACAUCAAGACAGAGCAGCUGAGCCCCAGCCACUACAACGAUCAACAGAGCUCCUCCCCUCCGCAGCACGUCAACUAUGGCUCCUUCAACCUGCAGCACUUCAGCUCGUCCUCCUACCCCUCCAUCACCCGGGGCCAGUAUGACUUUUCUGACCACCAGGGCGGCACCAACUCCUACUAUAGCCACACAGCCGGGGGCCAGGGCUCAGGGCUCUACUCCUUCAGCAGCUACAUGAGCCCCAGCCAGAGGCCCAUGUACACCCCCAUCGCAGACACAACCGGGGUGCCCUCCGUACCCCAGACCCACAGUCCCCAGCAUCACUGGGACCAGCAGCCAGUGUACACACAGCUCUCCCGGCCCUGAGGACACAAUCAUCUACACGAACACACACUUACAUAGACUGAUAGGCAUGUCCAUCUUGCAGAGGGAGACGUUGUCACAACAUUCCAACAUUAGUUCCCUGGAAACAGACACUUGAAUUUCCAACAGAAGAAGAAAACGACAGAGUAGGUGAAGGAGAGCUGGACUUGUAGGAACUGAAACUAGAUCAGAAUAGCUCACAAAAGGCCUUUUUAAUUUUUAUUUGAUGAAAUAUAUUUUUUAGCAAGAACAGAAAAAAAGCAUUGAGAAAAUCCUCUGUGAGGACUUAAUAAAUUGUUGAUAUUUUUAAUAGGUACUGUGUAUGUUUUCUUACCUUUUUUACUCUGGCAGUUUGUUUUUUGGGGGGAUAUUUUUGUAGAAAAAAGCUUUAUUCAUAUCCAGUUCAGCAGGAAACCACUCUCAGUAGUGCAGUUCUCUAUUCCAUGGCUUCAAUUCUCUGGUGAAAUUGUGUACAGGCAGUAAAUCUCUAUCCUUUAUUGGUUGUGUUUGUUUCCUGCAGUGCAUUCUGCUUACAGUAUAUGUUCUGUACCAUCCAACAAAAUAAAUUACAUUUGUAUUUGUGCAGUUUAGGGUUUCUCCAUCAAUGAUUUCUCAUGAUUAUAACACGUUCUUAGAUGUAAGAGACACAUGCUGUGAAUGGCAACGAAAGAAGUUUUGACGUUAUCGCUUUGUGCAGGAAUAUUCCAGCCUUUUGCACCAUUAGUGCCUAGUAUAUCAGAGGUUGGGUGGAAGGGUGUUUGUGGGUGUGCUACAGCACAUAUUAUAGAAGAGAGAAGCCACAGCUGAGAUUAUACUUACCGUCUGACAGCGUGUGUUUGACAGCCACAGGAAGUGCCCUUUGACCUCUCGGGUGUCCCCUGCAGUCCAUCACCACACCAGUGUCAUUUUACAGCCCUCCUGCCUGCUCCGACCCCCUCUGUCUUAACCCUUUAAUUUAUUUUUUUAAAUUAAUUAUUAUUUAGCAUUUUCUUCUUUAAUUGAUACUUUAUACAACAAAUUAAUUUGUCUUAAAAGUAAAUUAUCUUCUGGAUAUUAAAUGUCAUAUAAAUCUGUCUUUUUAGCCGAGUGGGUACUUUAAAAAUGGUACAAACAGUAAUCAUGUUUUAUUUAUCGUAUGUAAAAUGUUUCUAUUUUAAAUGUUUUAUUUGUCAUCUUUUUGCUAUCUAGUUGUGUACGGAUUAUUUUUAAUUGUGAAUUUCUUGAGUUUGGAUUCUAAACUAUGGCUGAAAGAACUGGAAAUACGUUUUUUUUCUCAUAUGGACAAAGUUUUUACAGUUAUUGUUAUGCUGUGGCUGAUAUGCUUUAUUAGAGGUACGUACCAGCAUUCCUGUCUUCUCUGAGGGACAGUUUUUUUUCUACUUCCUGCCACAUACUAUCUCAGUAAUGAUGUUUCUUUCUAUUGCGUCUGAAGGACUUCUCGUUUUCUUCAGCUAGCUUAACAUGUUACAGUACUUUCUUAAAAAUAAGCUUACCUUUUGUAUUGUAUUUGCAAUAAAAGAGAAAAUACUUUCAAAACAAAA